UACAACGAAAGUGGUGUUCGUCAAAGUGAUAGUGUAUGAGUGUGUGUAGCUAUAGGUAUCGUGCAAUGGUGAGAGGUGGAACGUAAAUGUGACCGGGACUGGCUGCAGGGGAGGGGCUCUUUCACGCUUAAUAUCAUGCCUUUCGAAUUGAGAUCAGGUGGCGGACCGAGCGGUUCUGGCGUGUCGGUUUCAACACAGGCGGACAUAGCGCACUCAGCAAAAGGCUACGAAUCAGAGGAUGAAAACGCGGGCAGAAAGCGACAGAAGGCCAACGACGACCGGCCAACCAGCAAGACCACAAUGUACUCCAAACAGGAGUUUCGAGAGCAAUACUGUAUCAACAACAAACAACUGGACUUGCUGGAACUGGAGAAGUCCAAGAAGGACAGAUUCCUCGGAUGCCUGUCGCAGUACCACAUCGAGAGUCCAUGCUCCAGAGCAAACAGGUCAUCAUUUCUAUCCGUGUGUGUCCGUCGUCGAGUGCCCUCAGAUGAGAAUCUCAACACCGACUAUGCGCCCAUACAGCGGUUUCCAAGAUUCGGUCAACCGGCUCCAGCACCUCCCGAGGUGUGCGCAUAUGAUGCCGAUUUGGAAUGCUCAUACUUUCGCCGGCGGCCCCGCUCGGUGUGCAGUCAGCCUGACCCCAAACGCUACACCUGGAUGCCAGAGGAUGAAGACUUCACCCGGAUGGAGUGGCCACAAUCGGUAAUAGAAGAUAACGCGGGUUGGCCCCAAAACUAUAGUGUGGACCAAAUCGCGUCUAUAAGCCGAGGAGGCUCAUUACCUAGACCACCCUCUAUUAUACCCUGCCCCGCCCACACUCCGAUACCUCCGCCACCUCCACCACCGCCUCUCACCAUACCACCGCACAGAACUAAGCAUGUAUCGUUUGCUCGCUCGCACACAUUAACAACUUUCGAUGACUCUGUAAUGCCAGCUGCCGUUAGUGGUAGUAGAUUUAGGAGGGACUGUGAGAGACUGAUUGAUGGACGUGUAGUUAAGCCAGAAAACAAGCAGUACGCAACUCUACCAGUAAUGUUCCAACCGUUCCCGCCGUAUCCGCCAUACAUGCCUGCGCAGGCGCCAGCUCCGAUACAUUAUCCACCACCCAUAGCACCUCUGCCUGCUCACACAGUACCGCCAGUGCAACGACCGACUCAGACGGAAGUACCGAAAGUCGUUGUUUUAGAUUCAAUUAAAAAAGGAGUAAUGAGAACACAAGCAACUCAAACUGAAGUUUGUUUAGGAAGAAAACCGCUCCCACCUAAUUACCUAUCAUUGAGUCCUAGAACAGUUAAAAGGGUUAAAAUGGUCGCAGCUGGCGUUCAAACUAAUGGCUACACCGUAGGAGUACGUAGAUUGACAAAGUCUUUUUCGGAAGUCGGAGGUGAUAGACUAGCGGGACGUGAUACACAAACUGAUGUUUCUAUUGAUAUAGAAAGUGCUUGCAGUAUAAUUGGAGCGGAUCAUGAAAAACUUCAUAGAACACAGUCUGAAGAACCACCUAGAUCUCCACGUUCGCCGACAUCUGCAAUGCCGACAUCACCAAUUAUACAAAGAGGUGACUCAGACGAUGUAACAUCAUCUUCCGUAAAAUCAAUAGCUUCAUCACAAGUGGACAAAUCGUCGGAACUAAGUAUAUUACAGCGGCAAGCACAAGAAUAUUUUCAACAAAAUUUUCAAUUUAUUCAUGAAAGCGAUAGAGAUGACACGAUCGACGAUGAUAUGGAAACUAUUGAAAAAAGCAUGGCGUUAAAUCGUAGAAAUUUAGAAUAUCUACAACAAGAAAUAGCAAAACAAGCCAAAGGAGAAAGAUCUCUGAGAUCCAUUUUGUCCAAAAGUACCAGCGAUGCAUCUCAUAAAACUAUAAAUUCUUCCCACCAUUUAUCAAAAACGUCCACAUUUCAAUCCGAACCGUCGACUGAGACAUCCGCUACAACUACCGAUGAUAGUGAAAAAAAUGAGAAAGAAAUAAUUAUUGAUUUCGAACCUCGACCGGACGAAGAGGCUAUACCUUUUACAACAUUACGCAGAAAAAAUAAAAGAAUAUUGCAAAAAACACUAUCCGAAGGAGAAAUAUUAUUGGAUGCACGAAAAACAGAAAUUAAUUCUGAUGGAAUUAAAGAUGCACCCAUAGUAAUGUCAACGAGCCAAGAAAACAUGACUAAGGAAGACCGCGAAAGGGAGGCAAAAUAUCGACAAUAUGUAUCCCAAAAUUACAGCCAAACUCCAAUUAAAGACGAAGGCAUUUUUGGAUUUGAGCCAGAUGGUUCAUUCAGCACUGCUAAAUCAAGUCCAGCAUCACCAGAUCCCAUAGGAUGUAAUGUGGAUGUUGAACAAAAAACAAAACUCACAAAUACUAAAAAUAAUAUUACUACUAUUCUUGCGCCCUUAGAGAAAUCUUCACCUUGUGCUUCUAGUGAAUCACUCACUGUGGAUCAAAGCAGGGAUCACUCCGAUGGAAUGUGGAAUGAGUCUCAAACAACUGUUCUACAAGUCGAUUCUGGUACUGAUAAUGGAACAGUUGUAAGUUCUUCAGAUCUAAGUUCCUUAGCCACCUCUCCUGGGGCAUUAGCUUUAUUAACUCCUACAUCCAGAAGGAAACAAUUAUUAUUACUUCAACAUCAACAAAGAUCUUCUUUAGACACAGAUGCAUUAGAUGAAGAAUUUGACGCCUCUCAAAGUCAGUCACCGACUUCUCCACGUAAUAAAUUAGACACAGCCAGUUCAAGUUCCGCACAACAAACAAGAGUAUCACUAUCACCACCAGCUGUCGUACCAAAUAUAACUUUGCCGAUAACGAAACAGCCAACAAUAUCGAAAUCUUUAUCUCCAACUAUAUCAAUAAAACCUAAUACGCCAGCAAUAGCCAUCACACAUCCAAGUUUAGAUCUAAGUGACGUACCAUUUAAAAGGACCCCAAGUUUUAUAAAUAAAAAAAGAGAACGAGCCUUAAGUCCUUCUAGAAGACAAGAAUUACAGAGGAAAGCUCAUAAAAAGGAACCAAAUGGUACUAUACCCAAUCAAAUAGUCGAAUCCCCCUCAGAACCAUCAUUCACAAAACCCGCUAGUAGUGAAACUAGUUUAGCUAGAACUGAUUCCGGAAAAAUCAAUACAACAGAUGUAUCGGAGAGCACAACCACGACUGAAGAUUAUGUAACUGCUAAUUCCGAUAGUUCAAAAAAAAGUAAUUGUAAAAAUCAAAACCACAAUUCUGAAAACAAUAACAAAGCCCAAGAAGGAUCUUCCUUUGAAAGCGCAUCGAGCUUGUAUUCGUCUACAAAAACUGAUAAUGUAGCCGAAGAUUUAGUGGUUCCAAGCUUUUCUCCACCUCUAGAAAUAAGAGAUGACUUUGUUGUACCUAACUUAUCAUCACCGCCACUACCACUACCAGACAGGUUACCUAAAACUACAGUUGAAAGAAUCGAAGUGAAAGCUGAUAUCACACCCAUUGAAACUAACAGAAGAAUGAAAACAGAAGUAAAAAAAUCAAAAGAUGACGUUCCAAAGAAAUCAAUCAGUCGAGAUGCAAUUAAUGGUAAAAGUAGUUCAAGCGGUAGUUACAGUAUAGGUGGUUCAAAUCCAAAUGUUACCGAGAGUAUGACGGAUAAAGUCAGUGUAGACAAAAUAAAAGAACUACCAGAAAAAAUUGAAAAACCAGAAACAAAAGUAAGAGAAGAAAAGAAAGCUUCUAGUAAUGAACAAAAAGAGCAAUUAGUUCCUAAAAUGGUGGGAUCUUUAUCAGAUGAUGAAAGAAGCGUACACUAUUCGUCAUCAGGUUACUAUGAAAGUCCUAUUGAAGACGACGAUGAUGGAGGUUUAACCUACAAACAUUCACAAAAAUAUCGGUCAACAGGUAGACCUAAAUCUUGGAUAUCGGAAGAUAAAAGAAGGAAAAAGAAAGCCUUUACAUUAGAAUUCUCUAAAUCCUAUGAUGAUUCAAUAUCAACAUCUCAAGACGACUGGGGUAAAAGAGAUAAAGAUCCAGAACCUCUCAAUCAUCGCUCUUCGUUCAAACCUACCAGCUCAAAAUUACAAUUAGAUGAAAAAAAUAUGGAACCUAGAAAGAAAAAAACACAUUUUGUAGAAAAAACAAAGAGUGUUCAAUCAUCACCAAGAGAUGUUAUAGAUUUAGAAAAAACUAUUAAGGAGAAGAUUACAAAAGAAAAGGAAAAUGACAAUAAAAGACCAACUGAGAGAGAAAGGUACGUCAAACGAACAAAACUUAAAGCGAAAAGCCCUACGCAAAAUAAAACAAUUGACGGAAGCUACAGCAGACUGGCUCAUUACGACAGGAGGGAUACCAUAGGGUCAAACGUGAAGCUACACUUAAAUAUUCCUACAUCAGAUGACUCAAGUGAACAAUACAGAAAAAAUGGCACUGGUAAUGGAAAUAUUUCUCCUAGAAAACAUAGACGCUUACGAGAUAGUCCACGACGAAAGUCAGGGAAUAAUAAUAGUUCAGCAAAAUCACCAACAUCUAACAAUCAUGCUGCAUAUAGACCUAGACGAAAAAGUGGAUCUAAUGAAAGUAUAUCAUUGCCUGGAAGUUUGCCUCGAAGGAAACAGUCUACACCGACGAUUCCUUGCAUGAGUUCCUUAGAAGCGGAAGAUAUUGAAACCGCCAGAACUCUAAACAGUGCAGGAUCAACGUUAACUCCAUUACGAUAUGUAAAAAGUCCGUCAGCGUCACCAAGGCACCAUAAAAAGCAAGGCCAAGCCGACGGAAAGUUUGCAAAGGCGGCCUCAGCAGAAUCUCUACGUUCCGUUUCACCAGGAUCAGACUCCGUGUUCUAUUCAGAACACACUGAGCACGAUAUGGUUGGAGCGGAAUGCGAAGCUAAAGCACACUGCCUUCACUGCGGCAAGGAAGUUCACAUUGUUACUGCAACUCACGAUCAUGACAGCCGAGCUUCGAGAACUUCACACACAGAUGAAUCUUACGCUGAUGCAACGCCUGAUAUUGUACCUGCACCAGCUGGCUUUGCGGAUUCUCCAUCUUGUGGAGCGGCUAAAAAGCCUGCAACUGGCGCUCGAUUGUAUAAGAAACUUGACAAAAGAUAUCGUUCUGAAGAUAAGUCCAGACAUUAUCGUCAUCGACAGGAUGUUCGAGCGAAGUCAGAAGAAAGGGGUAAAGAAGAAUAUUCAGGAAUGGAGAAACCUCAAGAUACGAGAAUCGCGCGAUCUGCUGGGAAUAGUCUUGAUAAACUAGCUGGUUCCAAUGCGAGUGUUGAUCCAGAUGAACAUGAAGAAUGUUCGGGCAGUUCGGAUGGCGCAGAAGAUGAAAAAGGAGUCUACGCAACACCCUGGUGGUGCGGUAAUUGGAUAUUAUUGUCUGAAAAUGAGGAUAAUUGGACUCGGAUACCACCAGAUAUGAUAGAACCAGCAAAUCCACAAGAGGAUCCAACGGAUUCAGAAACUGAAUUCAACAAACGCUAUGUUGCUCUCACGCACCGACUCGUUCACAGACGAGCCUGUAUCGAGUUGAAUCGCAGACAGUCGAAUAACACUUUCGAAAGCGACAAGACUGUUGUAGUCAGACGUGGCAAUGAAGAGUUCGGAUUCAGGAUACAUGGGAGCAAGCCAGUCGUUGUGUCAGCGAUCGAGCCUGACACGCCAGCUGAGUCAUCUGGACUCGAAGUUGGAGAUAUUAUAAUAGCUGUUAACGGGAUCAAUGUAUUAGACAAAACGCAUUCAGAGGUUGUGAAGAUAGCUCAUUCUGGCUCUGAGAUUUUGGAAUUAGACGUCGCACGAACAUGUGAAGUAGUGGCGUCUCUGGCGCACGAGGGAGGUCCCGCAGCGCUUUACUCGGGAUACUUGUGGCGCGCUGCGCCCGCACGCGCUCAUCUCCCGCCGAGAUGGACCAGGAGGUGGUUCGUGCUGAAGAGGGACAAUUGCCUUUACUAUUACAAGACCGACUCCAGUAUCCACCCCGUGGGCGCCCUCAUGUUGGUGAACUACCAGUUAACGGAGGAGGACGCAGGUCGCGCACACGGGUUCCGUCUGCAGCGGGGCGGCGGCACGCGGCUGCAGCUCGCGGCCGACACCGGUGAGGCCGCCGCGAGAUGGAGAGCGGUUCUCGCUCAUGCUAUUGAUGCAAGCAAUCAGCGUGAUGGCUGGCUAGAAGUGACCAUGAGGAACAUGAAGUUACCGCCAUCGUCUAUACCAAGACCUGAUUGUUUCGGAUACCUCAUGAAGUUAGGUUCCAAGUGGAAGUCCUGGGCUAAACGAUAUUGUGUGCUCAAAGAUGCUUGCCUGUACUUUUACAACGAUGGAAAUAGCAAAAAUGCUUUUGGUAUGGCAUGCCUCCACGGAUAUAGAAUACAGACGUGUGCUCCAGGAGGCAAGAAAUACGCUUUUGAAGUGAUGCCGACAGAGCCUAAGCAGAGACAUUUCUAUUUCCACACUGAAUCUGAAAUGGACAGAAAACGUUGGAUGGCGGCUCUUGAAUAUUCGAUAGAUCGGUGGAUGAAGGCCGGUUGACGAAGACACUAUACUUCAGAUUCAUUUGAAUUUGUGUAACUAUAGACUCAAUAUAAAUGUUCCUUUUAUCCUUUUUUAUGUUUUUAUUUUAGUUUAUUUAUUUUCAAUAUAAAAAUCUUUUUUAAUCAUUUUUAUUUUAUUA